AGUAUACUGGUAUAGUAUAGGCAGUAUAGAUAUAGGAUAUAGCUAGGCUUUAGAUAGUUAUAGUGACUAUAAUAUAGACUAGAUGAGUAGAUCUCGAUAAGACAUCAUAAGUUAUAAUAAGAUCGUCUAGUCGGGCCAGUGAUGGAACUUCAACAGUGACAACAGUCUUCAAUUUGAACUAAAGUAAAGGAUUUUUACUUUAGAUCUAAAAGGUAACAACAAUAAGUGAGGACAGAUGUCAUCAGAGCUUUCAUUUGAAACCUCAGAUGAAGCCUCAGAAAAUGAACUGCUUGAGAGAAGCCUGUCUGUCUGGAGAGGCUCUUGUGCCAUUGAGUGGGAGGAUUUUACACCCAUAGCUCUGGACAUACAUACUGCCUGCAGUAUUGGUCACUUUGAGUAUGUCAGAUCGAUCAUUCUAAGUGGUGAUGGCCAGAAAGAUAGAAAGAACAGAGGUGGCUGGACGCCUUUGAUGUAUGCCUGCUACAUUGGCCACGACAACAUUGUCAAUCUCCUCAUCAAAGAGGGAUGCAAUAUGAACAUGAAAAAUCCACGCGGGCACACCCCUCUUAUGCUAGCCGCAAGUUGUGGAAAUGAAGGUGUUGCUCAUUUGUUAGUCAGGAACAGGGCUUAUCUUGAAGUGGUUGAUAAUAACGGAUGGACAGCACUUUUUCAUGCCACGUACGCUGGGCACCAGAAUUUUGUGGCUUAUCUUCUUGAAGUUGGAGCCAACAAAGAUGCCAUUGAACCCAUCACUGGAAUGACACCAUUUAUGGUUGCUGCUGCUGAGGGCCAUGAAAUUAUUGUCCAACUUUUUCUACAGCAUGGUGUCAAUGUCAACGUAAGAGCACAAAAUGGUCACGUGGCACGAAGUUUGGCCAUACUGAAUGGACAUAUUAAGGUGGUUGGCCUGAUUGAUAAUCACAGGAUGCCCAUCAGUUCUCUGAGGUCUGAGCCAGGCCUAGAGCUGUAUGCUGGGGGCGAGGUAGGCUUAAAUAAGCAUCAGAGAACACGUCAGCUUGGCUUGAAGUCACAAGGUCCCAGCAUCCGAGAUGGACCUGAAGCCAUAGCAAGAAUGAUUGACAGGACACGGUUGGCAGAUACUUCAGAAUACAUAGGUUCUCAUGUACCUAAAGGCUAUGUUUCAUUCCCCACCGUGGGAGGGGAGGAGAAAGAGGAAACCAAAUUGUCUCAUCGGGAUGUCACCUCACCAAUCAACCCUGAUGACUAUAAGGACAGCUCAAGCAGCCGAGAAUUUGAUGACUUCAAUGAUGACAGUAAUGCUUUUACCAAGACAGGGGCAAUAACAAUCAAAAGUAGUUCCAGCUCAAGUGGUGGAUUAGUUGCUGCCCUUGGCCUGAGCAGAGAUGGCAGUCUGGACAGUGAUGACUCUCAUUCUUAUGAGCUGACUACUAGCUCAUCUGAAGAUAUCUUGGAGAAUAAAUAUGGGUGCCAUCUUCCAAAUCCAUCUCCUUUUCCUAGAGAUAAGAGAUUGAAUGUCAAGAAGGGGAGAUCAAGCCGAACACUUCCAGUGCUAGAGAGGGGUGACAUCCCAUCUGUGCGUCAAGAUCAGAUAAACAAUACAGGCGAUGUUCUUCAUGGGGCAGGGGCUAUUCCCUCUUUACAAGAUAAUUUUCAAUCUGGACAAUCUUUUGAAGUAACUAGUCAAUCUCAUGACAAUGUAUCGGCAGAUAAUCGGCAAGUUUUACCCAAAGAAAAUAUGUCCCAAGUGGAAAUAGUCAACAGAUAUUUAAAAAACCUUAUCCGUAAUAAUUCAGAAAAGCACACCAACCAGUAUCUUGGUUUUGAGGAGAAUCAGUGGGCCAGUGAUGACCAACAGUUAGAAAAGUAUGCUGAUGGCCUAGACCAGCACCAAAACUUGCCCGAGUUAUCUUCUCAGCCGAAAAUCUCUAUCACUAAGCCCACUAGUACAAUUUCACCGAAAGAUAUCAACACAGAGACUCCCGACGCAGCUGCGUUAGAUGAAUUGAAGCUGGGCUCCGAUUUCAUGAACAACGUAACUGUUUCAGAUUCUAAGCCACAUGUGAUUAAUGCUCCUGGUUAUAACCCUAAUCCCCCGAAAGAUGCCAGCCAUCCAAGGACGCAUCAUCAUCCUCAGCUCAACCACCACCACCCUCUUCAUAACAGAUACAACCACAGCCCUGUAUCAUCUGUGCAGGACAACUACUGUGGUAUCGUGGGUGGCAAUGUGAGAAUGAGCGGCGGUCAGUUCUCAGUUCCCCCGAUCGGUUACAAUAUUCCAUCAUACUUUUACAAUGACAUGGCUUCAGCCAGCAGCCAGUCACAGCUCUUACCAGACCUACAGCCCGCCACUUCUGUCAACCCUUUGUCACACCUUAUGGGUAUUUUCUCUGAUGGCACUCCGUCCACUGCACAAGGACCAGAAAACAGCAAGCAUCAUAACUUGACUGACCAGAAUCACUCAAGCAUUAAGCCACCUGGUCAGGAGCCUCCUACGUUACAUCCGCCAUGCCAUGAUAAUGCCCUGUACUGUCCUCCGCAUGCCACAGUGACUCUUCCAGGACACUCCACCGCUCAGCCCGUGUCUGGCAUGCUUCAGUGGCCAGAUGAAAGGGGCGUGAACCUAGACAGUCCAAAAGAUUUAAACGAGAUGUUGAGCCAGCUGGGUCUGACUAAGUACAUGGAUAAGUUUGAGGAGCAGGAUGUCGACCUGCAAGUUUUUUUGUCUUUAACAGACAAUGACUUGAAGGAAAUAGGAAUCAAGUUGUUUGGUCCGAGGAAAAAGAUGACCAAUGCCAUAGCCCGGUGGCACAGCAAUGCUCCGAUAGCAAGCAACAGUUUAGAGCAGGCCUAUGCAGACAGGCUUGAAGGGGAGAUGCAAGAAAUGGCAAUACAGCUCAACCAGGCAUAUGAGAAUGAAGAAAAUCUUAAAGCACAGCUACUUCAAGAACAGCAGCUGCGCUCUGUCACCGAGAGCUGUCUGAUGGAAGAGAGGUCAAGCUGGGAGCAAGCCAGACAGACACUUCUUGAAACCCGCAAUAAAAUGAGAUUCAUGGGGGAGCUGUUGUCUCGAAUUCGACAUCACCAAAAAGAGUGGAAGAAAUAUUUGGAGAGCUGCAACAAGCUCGGCAAAAAUGAAACAGAGUUGGGUAACUCAAAGAUCAAUGGCUCCACUGACUGUGCCUCAGAGGUCCACUCUGGAGCUGCCACAGAGGUCCACUCUGGAUCACUUUGCUUUCAGCUAGUCAAGAGAUCAGAAAGUUGUUUGAAAGAGAUGCAACAGACUCUGGCCUCUCUGGUCCAGAGUGCAGACAGAAUUUUAAAGUCAACCCAUUCUCUUAGUGUUGGUAAAGACUUGACGUGACCUGGAAAUGGAAAUGUGUUCUAUGUGUUAUUUCAUCAUAGCCCGAGAUUGUUUUCUACAUUUGUUAUUUCAUUGUGCCCCCUAGAUCAUUUUCUACAUUUGUUAUUUCAUUGUGACCCCUAGAUCAUUUUCUUCAUUUGUUAUUUCAUUAUGGCCCCUAGAUUAUUUUCUGCAUUUGUUAUUUCAUUAUGACCCUCUAAAUAGCCUUACUGGCCAUCAAAAUGUAAAUGGUGUGAAAGCUGGGUUCAUGUGUCUUUGAGUUAUGCUACACAUUUAGUACUUGACAAAUAUAAAUAGUGCACACUGACUUGAGUCUGAGUUCAGCAGACAAAAGUAAUGUUUAUUUAAUGAGAAUAAUACUUCAACUUCUUCUUGCCUCCAGUUACAAAUCACUGGUUCAAUAAGAAAUGGCAUGAUAUCCUUCAUAGUAGUUAUAUAAACAUAAUCCAAGGUAUUGAAAUACAAUUACAUCUGCAUCACGGCAGGAGUAAAAUAUGAUAAGUAGAAUAGGUGUACAUACAAUUUCACUACUAAAUCACAUCCGAACCACAUCGGGUAACAAUGCAACUCCAAUAAUGUGUCCUGCUCCAAGUACAAAAAGCAACUGACUUCAAUUUGAGUUUAUCAAUUCUCACUUCCACUUUCUACUCCAAGGUUUUCUCUCAUACUUUCACCUUCUUGACCCAAGGGGAAUAAAUAACACUGAAUGUCAAACCAGACUGUGACAGACCCCUAGAUCAUUUUCUACAUUUGUUAUUUUAACGUCCUAUCCCUCAUAAAAUUUCAAAAUUUGUCCAUUGAUACAAAUUUUAUACAAAUGUUCCUAUUCAUUUGAGAAAAAAAUAAUUCACAAUUAAAUACAUUUUGGAAGCGUGGUCGAGAGGCCAAGUGCGCUUGGCUUGGCUACUUAGAAUGGGGCUCGAGGUUCGAAACCCGACUCGUGCAGAGUUGUGUUUACUGAGCGCCUAAAGGCAGCACAGAAAACCAACUCCUAGA